GUAACGGCCGGGAUAGAAGGUGACUUAUCCCUGCUUACAUACCGAAUACGCGCGCAGCUGCGAGGGAAUAAAAUGAAUAUUCAAAACAGCCGUGGAGUAAACAGAGCCGAGCAACAAUCGAGAUAUCUCUCAUAAGACCUGCGAGUGAUUUCUGGACCUUUCAGCGCUUUCUCUGAGGAGUUACUAAUCAAUUUUUGGAUAAACUUUUUGUUGGAUUUCACUGUCACUACUGCAAAAACAGACCUUUCAGGAUGGAUGAUAGACAAUGCUACUACAACGAAACCAUAGCCUUUUUUUACAAUCGUAGUCAGAAGUAUCUGGCCACAGAAUGGAACGCUGUAAGCAAGCUAGUCAUGGGACUUGGGAUUACAGUAUGCAUUUUCAUAAUGCUAGCAAACCUGCUGGUGAUGGUGGCCAUCUACAUCAACCGCCGCUUUCACUUUCCAAUCUACUAUCUAAUGGCUAACCUAGCAGCCGCGGACUUCUUUGCAGGACUUGCCUAUUUCUACUUGAUGUUUAACACGGGGCCCAAUACAAGAAGGCUAACGGUUAGCACGUGGUUGCUUCGACAAGGCCUCAUCGAUACAAGCCUUACAGCCUCAGUUGCUAACUUGCUAGCUAUAGCCAUUGAGCGCCACAUAACUGUGUUCCGCAUGCAGCUCCAUACCCGCAUGAGCAAUCGGAGGGUAGUUGUGGUUAUAGUCAUCAUCUGGACCAUGUCUAUCGUCAUGGGGGCUAUUCCUAGCGUGGGCUGGAACUGCAUCUGCGCCAUAGACACUUGUUCCAAUAUGGCCCCACUCUACAGCAACUCGUACCUGGGCUUCUGGGCAAUCUUUAACCUGGUGACCUUCGUGGUGAUGGUCGUACUUUAUGCACACAUAUUUAUGUAUGUGCGUCAGCGGACCAUGAGGAUGUCCCGGCACAGCUCGGGUCAACGGCGUAACAGGGAUACUAUGAUGAGCUUGCUGAAAACUGUCGUGAUUGUAUUGGGUGCUUUCAUCGUGUGCUGGACGCCCGGUUUGGUUAUUCUUCUGCUGGACGUGGUCUGCGCCAACUGCAACGUCCUGACCUACGAAAAAUUCUUUCUUCUGUUAGCGGAAUUCAACUCCGCCAUGAACCCAAUCAUUUACUCGUACCGGGACAAGGAGAUGAGCAUCACAUUCAAACAGAUCCUGUGCUGUCAGCGACAGGAGAACGUGAACGGUACUGCCGAGGGGUCCGACCGGUCUGCAUCCUCCAUCAACCACACGGUUCUGAGCGGCGCUCACCAUAAUGACCAUUCAGUGGUCUGAGGUUCAACAGGGGCCAGAUCGACUCACUAUACGCAAGAAGAGACUGUGAAAAAGGCAUUUUCAUCAGCAAAAGACUUGUGGUUAUGAAGUUUGAUUCGCUUUGUCAGUCUUUGACACUAUAUUGAACUAUUUAAAGGCUAAUCCAGGUGGAUUUAAGAAGCCAGUUAUAAUUGUUCCCGUAUUAUGGAAAACAUUGGUGUUUUCAGCAAGUUCUCACUCUCACGUAAUAAACCAGCAGGCGGGUUGAUGUCAAAAACAGGUCAAAAACACUAGUCGAUUUGAUGUCAAAAUACGGAUGUUUAUUAGACAUCCACACACUGCCCUUUUGACUACCAAAAUAAACAAACUAAAAUAAAUAAAACAAAUUA